CGUAAGCGACCUUUUGGCUUUAUAUUACAUAAAGUGGGUGUAGAAGGACGAGCUCAUAGGGACGGGAGGGAAGUCAUACCCAUUUGUGUUGUUUCAUGGGCCUGCCUUUCUGACCCUUAUGCUAUUUAAUAGUUGCUAUUGCACUUGCUUGAAAACACCCAUGCCUACCUGGUUUCAUUUACUUUUAGUAGCAUCUGACAGCUGCAAUUUGAUGGCUCUAUAACAUACCGGCACAGCCUCAAAGUACAUAUAGCAAUCAGAACUGAUGCGCCUACAUGCAGUAACGUCUAGCCACAAAGCGGUGCUUCCUUAUACUGCCUACAGUCAUCAGAAGGCGGUCGCGCCAUGUCGGCGCGCACGGUUACAUCCUGCGCGGUCUUCUGGCAGACUACUAUGUAACAGCAUCGCACCUGAUGCUGAGCGCGAUGUAGGGCCAACGACCGCAACUGGGACAAACCCAAGCUGGCCGCCUUCAACAGUCUCCUCGGGGACAGUUCCAGUGGGCUGGCCGGCCCUGCAGCCGCCAUUCAGCUACCAUGCUAGCGCAGAGGAGGCUCAGUCCAACCAGGUGCCCACCGGCCUGUCGCCCAUCUGGAAGGUGUUGCUGCUGAGUGAUGGCUCCGUGACUCGCCACCUGCAGCUCCUCAGCGGCUCGCCCGUCACAGUGGAGUGCCUAUCCAUGCGCAAUGUAGGGUGGAGUACGGAGGGGCUACCGCCGGGUACGGAACUCAUACCCGGGCCGCGCGUGCAGAGACAGGUGUUGCUGCGGUGCCAACCGUCACCCAAUCAUGCCUCCGCAAGUCCCACGUCCUCCCCUGCUGCCGAGGUAGGCAGCGGCAACGGCUGCAGCGGCACCUCUGGCAGCGCCGGCCCUGCCAACCACGGUGGGGGCAGCUGCGUCAGCAAAGGUGGCUCAUCACACGCCCCUAGCUGCUGCAGUGGUGGGGGUGCAGUCACUGGCACGGCGAGUAGCAACAGCAGCAGCAACGGCAACAGCCACACAGCUUCCCACACAGCUAGCAACAACGUGGGCGCUGGGGCACGGUGUGGCUCGAGUGGUGCUGACAGCAGCGGGAGCAACAGUCAGAAUAACCCUGCGGCGAGCUCCAGCAAAGACGCCCCGGCUGGCAUCCCGCUGGUGUACGCCUCCUCCUGGUGGAAUGCGGCCACCGUGGACGAGUACCUGCGGGACAGGUCGCAGCCCAUCUGGAUGUCGCUCAGCCAGGGCCAUGUGGAGCUGUAUCGGGAGGUGCAUGCGCUCUUCCGGGGUCACAGCCGCACGCGUGCUUCGACCCAGCAGGGCCCCGAGGGUGCGCCGCGUACAGACGCAGCGCAGGGCACCCACUCACCACGUGGCUGCUCAAGCGGCUCCGCAGCAGCAGGAGGGGUAGCAGCAGUGGGAUCCUCACAGCUAGGGGCACCUGAUGGAAUGGAGGAGGGCUCUCUGGAGGCCUUGCUGGGCUGUGAAGGGCCCUUUUGGGGUCGCCAGUAUAUAUUUUGGAGCGGAGGAAAGCCGCUCACACUCAUCUAUGAGGUGUUCUCCCCCAGGCUACAGGAGUACCUGGGACCCAUGCACAUGCAGGCGGAGUGAGCGAAUGACUACUGAAGGGGAGAAAUGACUAUCGAGAGUCGGGAAACCGAGAGAUGGCUCAGGUGCUGUCCUGUGGUGCAGCCGUAAGGCAUGCUAGAGUGUGUGCCCACACGAGGAUGCCUGCAUAGUUGCAGUACCAACAUAUGUUCCUACGGAUAUGUAACCAAGGCAUGGUAGAAGAGCAGGAAGAGCCUAUUGCGAACGCUUGGAGGUUGCAAACCCAUUCUUAGGCCUGCAUGCAUGCAUGCGAGGGUACGGGGAGUGCGGGGCAGGGCGGAUGAAGGGAGCGGACAGGACAGAGACAGACGGCGUGCGUGCAUGUCAGACAGCAGUGGCUGCGUUGUGGGUGAACCAUCAUACAUGACUUCAAGAUGCCGAACAUACACACACACACACCCCACACAAUUUGGCAAUAACAGCAAGUUUUGCCUUGCGGCCAGAUUUUCCAACAAACCCCACAUGCACCUCCUCCCCAUAUACAUAACCGUGAUCCCCUCCCCCUUGUAAAUUGCGUAAAAUG